AUGAUUUGUUUGCCUGCCACGCAAUUGAGGUACCGGGCAAAUCGUUUGCGCGAGAUCAGGCAGAAAGAAGCUGAAGCUGCGCAGGCAGCCCGCCUCAUGCGGGCCUUCGAUGUGCUGCCUGAACGAGAAGCAUUGGUCACGUUUUCGACAAGGCCUCAAGUCAUGAAAGUGGCCAAGGUCUUAGGUCCAAGGAAGAUGAUGCCAAAUCCCAAAAGUGGGACUGUGGUGCCCAACCUGAAGACUGCAAUCAAGGAGGCCAAAAGUGGAAGCCUCUUAGAGUACAGAGCAGAAGGAGAAGGAGAUUUGAAGGCCACAAUUGGUAGUGCAGAGUUUUCGGAUGCGAAGAUCCUAGAGAAUCUUAAAUUCCUUGUUCAGACUUUGCUGAGAGCCAGGCCACGUUCUAGCACCGCAGGCCGAUCCUUUUAG